AUGUCGUCCGAGUACAAGAUCAAGGGCGUCACCUCACUCGACCUCAAGCCCGGUGACAAGCAGGAAGUCGAGCUCGAGGGUCUCGACGACACCAAGGUCCUGCUUCUCAAUGCCGGUGGAAAGGUUCAGGCCGUCGGCCCGAAAUGCACACAUUACGGUGCUCCGUUAGUCAAAGGCGUCCUGACUACCACCGGGCGCUUGACAUGUCCCUGGCAUGGCGCAUGCUUCAACGGAAAGACUGGCGACAUCGAAAAUGCACCCGCCCUCGACGCACUCCCCGUAUUCAAAGUCGCCGAGCGCGACGGCUCCUUCUACCUCACAGGCGACGAAGCAACAAUCAAGGCCGGCCGGCGGAAGCCCAAUUUCAAGUGCAAGGCACAGGGCGGUGCACAGGGCGAGAAGGUGGUCGUGGUGGGUGGCGGAUCGGGUGCCAUUGGAGCGAUCGAGGGCUUGCGGGAGAAGGGCUUCACCGGCCCCAUCGCCAUGAUCUCAAACGAGGGCUACCUGCCCAUCGACCGGACGAAGCUGUCCAAGGCACUGAUUGCCGACCCUAGUAAGAUUGAAUGGCGGGACAAGGCGUGGUUCGAGAGCGGCAGCGUGGAGAUCUUCGACGAUGAGGUCACGUCCGUGGACUUUGCGAGCAAGAAGGUCGCCACGAAGAAGGGAGAGAAGGUCGCGUACACAAAGCUGAUUCUGGCAACUGGCGGCACUGCUCGCGUCUUGCCGCUGCAGGGAUUCAAGGUCUUAGGCAACAUCUUCACGCUGCGAAAUGUUCAUGACGUGCAGAAGAUUACCGGUGCGAUUGGCGAGAAAGGCAAGAAGAUUGUCAUCGUAGGCUCCUCCUUCAUCGGAAUGGAGGUCGCCAAUGCCACUGCGAAGGAGAACGAUGUCACCAUCAUUGGCAUGGAAUCAACACCGCUCGAGCGAGUUCUUGGCAAGCAAGUCGGUGCUGCGCUGCGGAAAGGUCUUGAGAAGAACGGUGUCAAGUUCUACAUGGAUGCAUCGGUUGACAAGGCUGAACCCUCGACCUCCGAUCCGUCUAAUGUCGGGUUCGUCACCUUGAAGGAUGGGACAAAGCUUGAGGCAGAUCUCGUCAUUCUCGGCGUUGGCGUUGCCCCUGCUACCGAGUAUUUGCGUGAGAACAGUAUCGUCAAGCUCGAGAAGGACGGCUCUCUCAAGACGGACGAGAAUUUCUCUGUGGUUGGUCUGAAGGACGUCUAUGCCAUUGGUGACAUUGCCACAUACCCGUAUCACGGGCCUGGCGGUGAUGGACGGUUUACUCGCAUUGAGCACUGGAACGUUGCUCAAAAUGCAGGUCGUACAGUCGCGGGACACAUUGUCGCACCCACCAAGCAGGCCGAGUUCUUCACGCCUGUGUUCUGGAGCGCCUUGACCGCUCAACUGCGGUAUUGUGGUAACACGGUCGGUGACUACGACGACGUCGUGAUCCAGGGUAGUUUGGAGGAGAGCAAAUGGGCGGCGUUCUACACGAAGGGCGAGACGGUAGUCGCCAUGGCAAGCAUGGGCGUGGAUCCUGCCAUGACGCAGAGCGCAGAGCUGAUGGCAUUGGGCAAGAUGCCCACAAAGUCCCAACUGAAGGACGGAUUGGACGUGCUGAGCUUGGGGGCGCCAGAGUAG